AAUCCUCGGUUUUCGAGGAGUUUCGGGGAUGUCCCAUCGAAAAUUAUUCCCCGGAUACGACACAGUAAAUAGCAGUGCGACUUUUUGUGAAUUGGUGAUUUUGUGUUUGGAAGAGGUCGGUGCCAUUUGUGGACAAGUUUUUAUAAAGCGAGCAAAAAGUGCGAAGAAUCAUGAAGGAUUGACGCGUUUGGUCUCUGCAGAUUCCCAGCUGAAGCUCCGUGUAGCGAAUGGGGAACAAACUGGAAACUUUCUGCGACGUGAUGUAAUCGAAAAGACUUUUCGGUUUCUGCAAGGAAAUCGGGGUUCUCGGGACACGAUGUGGACGGCUGCCGAUUCUCAUGAAAGUCAAAAAGCGUGCUUCCUUUGUCCCGAGGCCGUCAACUACUAUGAAAUUGUUCGACGCGGCCAGGAAGGAGACGGCCGUAGGAAAAUUGACGUUGCUUUGCAAGGUAGACACUCAACUACGAUCAACGACAACAGAAAUAGCAGAUCUAAUUGGAAUAAAAGUAAGAUGUUUGAGAUUGACUCCAAAGUUAAGAAGAAUUCAUUCAAAAUAAUCGGUGGCCACUUGGCCUCGCCGGAACCAGUUCCGCCGGAUUCCGUGGAACCUGUAACCAAGCCAUCUAGCCAGGAGGGAAGUCUCAUCGAACUUUUGCAGCAAAUUCUAUCGGUGAUGUCGCACGGCAAGCAUCGUGAAUUCGGCCUCGUCAACUCGACGUACACGCGCUUUGUGCAGCAGCUGUGCCGGGACUUUCCGCGGGAACAUGUACCGGUUGUGCUAACGCCGCUGUUCUACCCGGAGGACUCGGAAGUUGCGGCCGAAUCGUCCGUAAUGGACACUGUCUGGGGCAGUCAGGUGAUGGAGAUCGGAUACACGUUGAGGGCUGCAAGAACCACCUGCUGA